AUGUGUACCCACAUCCACGUACCCACAUCCACUUCCACACAUUCCACAUACCCCACAUCCCACCCACAUCCACGUACCACACAUCCACAUUGUACCACAUCCACUUACCCAAUCCACAUUACCCACAUCCUUGUACCCAUAUCCUUGUACCCACCCACAUCCACGUACCCACAUACCCCAACUACCCACCAUCCACGUAUCCACAUGUACCCACAUCCACGUACCCACACGUCUUCCCACGUACCACAUCCACGUACCCACAUCCCACGUCCCACUCCACUACCCACACCACGUACCCACAAUCCACGUACCCACAUCCACGUACCACAUACCCAUCCACGUACCCACAUCACACGUACCCAACACAUCCACAUACCCACAUCCACGUACCCACAUCCACGUACCCACAUCCACAUCCACGUACCCACAUCCACGAUUCCACAUACCACAUCCACGUACCCACAUACCCACAUACCCCACAUCCACACCCACAUCCACAUAACAUCCACGUACCCGUACCACAUCCACAUCCACAUCCAUAUCACGUACCCACAAUCCACAACCCACAUACCCAAUACCAACAUACCACAAUCCACGUACCCACCAUCCACAUACCCACAUCCACGUUACCCACAUCCACAUUCCAGUACCCACAUCCACGUACCCACAUUCCAACAUGUACCACAUCCACACCACAUCCACGUUACCCCACAUCCACGUAGCUAUACACCUGCGCAGUGUGCUCUCAUCGAUCUCCCAAUUCUUCACUUCUCUACUCCUACGCAUCUUUAA